AUGGAGACCCCAGGACUGGUUGUGUAUGGGGAGGCUGCGCCUUUCUCCACAGCACUCCGGAGCCUCGUCAACAACCCCUUAUACAGUGAUGUUCGCUUUGUGGUCGGUCAAGAACGGCAGGAGGUGUUUGCCCACCGGUGCUUGCUGGCGUGUAGAUGCAACUUCUUCCAGCGACUUCUGAGCUCAGAGCCAGGCCCUGGGGUGCCUAGCCCUGUGGUGCUGAGUACCGUGCCAGCUGAGGCUUUCCUGGCAGUGCUGGAGUUUCUGUAUACCAACAGUGCCAAGCUGCAACGCCACUCUGUGCUCGAGGUGUUGACGGCGGCUGUGGAGUAUGGGCUGGAGGAACUUCGAGAGCUGUGCCUGGAGUUUGUGGGGAAGGCACUGGACGUGGAGCUGGUUUGCGAGGCCCUGCAGGUUGCUGUAACCUUUGGCCUGGAACAGCUGCAGGAGCGUUGUGUAGCUUUCAUUGAGGCCCACAGCCAGGAGACCCUCCGGACCCGUGGUUUCCUGGAGCUGUCCGCGCCCGCGUUGCUGCCCCUGCUGCGUAGCGACAAGCUCUGUGUGGACGAGGCCGAGCUGGUCCUGGCGGCCCGGAGUUGGGCGCGCGUGGGCGCGGCGGUGCUAGAGCGGCCUGUGGCCGAGGUGGCGGCCCCGGUGGUGCGGGAGCUGAGACUGGCCUUGCUGGCUCCGGCAGAGCUGAGCGCCCUGGAAGAACAGAACCGGCGGGAGCCGCUCAUCCCGGUGGAACAGAUCGUGGAGGCGUGGAAGUGUCACGCUCUGCGGAGAGGGGAUGCGGCCCGGGGCACCCCGUGCCGCCGCCGGAGGGGCACCCUGCCCCGGGAGCAUCAUCGCUUUUUGGAUCUGCCCUUUAAGUGA